CUCCCCUCAGUCAGUCAGUCAGUCAGUCAGUCUGUCAUCCUCUCAUUACAGACUUUAAAGUGAAGCUCAACUUCCUCCUGAACUCUAAACAGGAUUAAACGAAUUAGACUAAGUCCGGUCAGUGUGUGUGCGUGUGUAUGUGUGUUUUACUGGCUCUCUUUUGUUUGACCUGACAUCAGCACUUUGUGCAGCUCAGCGUAUCUCUGUGUUUGUUCCUUUGUUUUGUUUUUUUAAAUGUUCUUCUUGUUUAAUUGGCUUAAUCUGACGAUUUUUGUUUGGACAGAUGAACUUCUGAGACAAAGGUAGCCAGGAUGCAGCUUCCCAGGUGGUUGCUAGGGGUAUGUCUAUGGUUGCUAUGCAUUACAGAGGUCUGGACAGCUACCUUUAAGCUGGCUCUGAUUGGUCCAUGGUCAUGUGACCCCAUGUUCUCUCGGGCAAUGCCAACAGCAGCGGCCAACCUGGCAUUGUUACGGUUACGGAGUGACAGUGGUCUAAGCAGAGGAUACUGGUACGACGUCAAACUGCUGGAAGAGGAUUGCUCCGCCUCCAAAGCUCUGAUGAGUCUUGGGGACAUGGAGGGUUAUGGUCACGCCUACAUUGGACCAUUUAACCCCGCCCUCUGCCAUGCUGCGUCCUUAUUGGCUCAGCAUUGGGAGGUGGGGCUUGCUUCUCCAGGCUGCCUGGAUGCUAACUGGGUGAACCUGCCACCAAUCACACCACCCAGCAGAGUCUUGUUCACGGUGCUCAGGUUCUUCCGCUGGGCGCACGUCGCCAUCAUCUCAGCUCCAUCAGACCUAUGGGAGAGCACUGGGCAGGAAGUGGCCUCGGCGCUCAGAGCUCUGGGCCUGCCAAUUGGUCCAGUGGUUACCAUGGAAACAAGGAACAAUGGAGGCCCCCAUAAAGCACUCAGAGUAAUCAGGGAGGCUGACAAGGUGAAAGUGGUGAUUAUGUGCAUGAGCUCCGUCUUGAUUGGUGGAGAGGAUCAGCGAGAGCUCCUAUUGGCUGCUCUGGACAUGGGGAUGGUUUCUGAUGGUUACGUGUUUAUUCCAUAUGACGCCCUGCUGUAUGCCAUGCCGUACCAGGACACAGUGUUCCCUCAGCUGACCAAUAGCACGCAGCUUCGCCAUGCCUACAGCUCCGUUCUGACUGUUACCAUGGCAUCUGACCAAAGUUUCUACGAAGCUUUUCGCCAGGCUCAAAUCAACCGAGAGAUCCGUUCUGCUGUGUCUGCAACUGAGGUGUCUCCGGUCUUUGGAACCAUCUUUAACAUGGUCUACUUUGUUGCUAAGGCAGUGGAGGAGCGACGUCAGGCAGGUGGUGGCCACUGGGUGACGGGAGAUCAGCUUGUCCAAUCAGAUGGAGAUUUUGAUUUCCAGGGCUUCAAUCAGGUGUUAUAUGGAGGUAAAGAGGGGCGUGGCCUGCAGGCAAAGUAUGUGGUGUUGGACACUGACGGUGACCGACUCGUACCGACACACUCGCUUGCUCCAACACACACUGAUGGAAUGGUCGGAGGCCUGAGGCCGCUGAGUCGCUCCUUCAUUUUCCCCGGAGGAAAACCCCCCACCGCCAGCUUCUGUUGGUUCAGUCCAGAGGAGGCCUGCAGGGGGGGUUUGGACACAGCAACAGAGUUUUUCAUCUUCCUGUUGCUCUGCGCUCUGAUAGGGGCUUUUUUCUACUGGAUCAGGAAGUACAAAAGCACAUCAAGCAUUACCAAACUCAUCCUGACUUUGGACGACAUCGUCUUCAUCGACACUCAAGUCAGCAGGAAGAAACUAAAUGACGAGUCCAUCAUGAGGAGUCUUUUGGAAAUAAAAACUCCAUUCCGCUCAAUUGCUCGAAGUUACAUCCUAACAACAGCUGAGAGCUCCAACAUUGGAAUAUUGGAGGGUGACUGGGUUUGGCUGAAAAAGAUUCCUGUUAGAAAGACAAUAACAGCUAUCAAUCAAAACACCCAGAGUCUGUUCAGCCAGCUGAGAGAGAUGCGUCAUGAGAACCUGAACCUGUACCUGGGUCUGUUUCUGGACUCUGGGAUCUUCGCUCUGGUGGUUGAACACUGUCCUCGAGGAAGUCUGGCUGACCUGCUGGCUGACAGCAACAUGAGGCUGGACUGGAUGUUCAAAUCCUCUCUGCUCAUGGACCUCAUCAAGGGUAUGAAGUAUCUUCAUCUACGAGGUUUGAGUCACGGUCGUCUUAAGUCCACAAACUGUUUAGUCGAUGGACGCUUCGUUCUGAAGGUCACAGAUUAUGGACUUCCCAUGAUCCUUCACGCUCAGAGCCUCAGCCUUCCUGAUGACCCUCAAGAACUGUUGUGGACAGCUCCUGAGCUUUUGAGGAAUCCGGUCCGUGGAGGUUCGUUUUCAGGAGACGUCUUCAGUUUCUCCAUCAUCAUACAGGAAGUGAUCUCACGAACUCUGCCAUAUGCCAUGAUGGACAUGCCCGCCCACGAGAUAGUGGAGCGCCUGAAGCAGCCUCCUCCUCUCUGCAGACCGCUGGUUUCGGUGGAUGAAGCUCCGGCUGAAUGUCUCAGUCUGAUGAACGAAUGUUGGAAUGAAGAUCCGAGUAAGAGGCCGAGCUUUGAUGACAUUUUCAAACAGUUUCGGGGGAUUAACAGAGGGAAGAGGGCGAACAUCAUUGACUCCAUGUUGCGGAUGUUGGAGCAGUACAGUUCAAACCUCGAAGAUCUGAUCAGAGAGCGAACAGAUGAACUGGAGGUUGAGAGAAACAAGACAGAGAAGUUGGUUGGACAACUCCUGCCGAAGUCAGUGGCUCAAGCUCUGAAGAAAGGGAAGCCGGUCCAGCCUGAACAUUAUUCAGACUGCACUCUUUACUUCAGUGAUAUUGUUGGAUUUACUACCAUUUCAGCACUCAGUGAACCUAUCGAGGUAGUCGAUCUGCUCAAUGACCUCUACACCAUGUUUGAUGCCAUCAUUGCUACUCAUGAUGUCUACAAGGUAGAAACUAUUGGAGAUGCCUACAUGGUGGCUUCAGGUGUUCCCAACAGAAACGGGAAUCAGCACGCAGCUGAAGUGGCCAACAUGUCUCUGGACAUCCUGCACUCGAUCGCAGCUUUUAAAAUCAAACACAUGCCCGAGAUUAAAGUCAAAAUACGCAUUGGACUGCACUCAGGUGCGGUGGUAGCAGGUGUGGUCGGGCUCACAAUGCCCAGGUACUGUCUGUUUGGAGACACAGUGACCACGGCCUCACAUAUGGAAGCCAGCGGAUUGCCCUACAGGAUCCACAUCAGUCUAAGUACAGUGAAGGUCCUGACCAGCCUGAAACUGGGAUACCACAUAGACACCAGAAAGGCACAGGUGAAGGGCUCGGUGGACACGUACUGGCUAGUGGGUCGAGAUGGUUUUGAUAAACCUCUUCCUGUUCCUCCAGAUCUCACUGGAGGGGCCAGUAAUCAUGGUAUCAGUCUGGAUGAGAUUCCAGUUGAAAGAAGACAAAAGUUUCUUGACCGACAGAAGAAGAUAAAGAAAUGAUGCAAAUGCGCGCACACACACACACACGCACGCACACACACACACACACACACACACAACCUUGAGGACUGGACUGUGCUUUAAAUUACAUUUGACCUGAAUGAAAAAACAUAUUACUUCCUGUUUGUAGCUGGAUGACACUGGGCUCUGAUCAGUCGUUUACAUCCUUUCACCACAUUAUUAAACAUUCAAUUUCUGUGCCUGGGUCUAUGACAGGGGUCUGCAAAUAAAUUUGGACCCGGGCCAAAUGACAAUUCCAAUGUGGGCCAUGACCAUGCUUUCCUACUGGGAAAAAAAAAAUCUAUUUUUUUCUAUUAUAUUAAAAAUAAAGGUUAUUUAACU